AUGGAUAAAAGUUUGAUCGAUCUACCCACUGGUCAUCGUGAAUAUGUCGACAGUUGUUUGGAAUUUAUUGAGUUUUCCAAGCAAGAUCUAGUCGAAGGAAAAAUUAGAUGUCCAUGUAAGAACUGUAAGGUAGAGAAAUGGUUCUCCGUAAAUGAAGUGGAGAGGCAUAUUUUGUUUAAGGGAUUUUAUAAGCCAUUUAAGGAUUGGAUUUUUCAUGGUAAAGGGGAUACGUUUCAGCGUAUUUUUGAGAGUGAUGGAGGGAUUACUAGUGAAGGAUCCCUUGAUAACCAAAGUGGGUUUGUAGGUCGAGAUAAUAUAGGAGGGAUAUUAAGAUCAGCAUUUAGUGUUAAUAUGCCUCCCAAUUGCCCAAAUUUAGAAGCACGAGAGGAUGAUGAAUGGAUUGAGGAACCCGUGGCCUAUGACACAGAUGUAGAAUAUGAUUAUUUUACAAUAGAAGAAGAUGUGACGUAUAAGAAGUUGCUUGAAGCUUCUGAGGAGAAAUUAUACGAGGGGUGUAUCAAUUUUUCAAAGUUUUCUUUUCUGUUACACUUGUUUCACUUGAAGUGUUUGAAUCACUGGUCCAUAGAAUCUUUCAAUAUGCUGUUGAAGCUAAUUCUAGAUGCAUUUCCUCAAAUACUUGAUUUUCCCUCUUCUUAUUAUUACGGUAAGAAAAUGAUAAAAGACUUGGGCCUUGGGUAUGAAAAGAUUAAUGCUUGUCCGAAUAAUUGCAUGUUGUAUUGGGGUGAAUUUUCAAAGAAAGACAAGUGUCAUGUUUGUGGUACAUCGAGGUGGACGAAAACUAAGGAUAGGGGCAACAUUGUAAGUGAUCAAGGUACAGAUACUUGUAAGAAAGGUGUGCCAGCUAAGGUAAUGCGAUAUUUCCCUCUUAUACCGAGACUAAAAAGAAUAUACAUGUCAUCAGAAACAGCAGAAGAUAAGAGAUGGCAUGAUACAGAGCGAUUGGGUGAAGAUGAUAAGAAGAUUUUAAGGCAUCCCUCAGAUGGCUUAGCAUGGAAGGCAUUUGAUGAGCGUCACAGAGAUUUUGCAUUAGACCCUCUUAGUGUUCGAUUAGGUCUUGCUAGUGAUGGUUUUAAUCCUUACCGUUUAAUGAACACCACUUAUAGUACGUGGCCAGUGAUGUUGAUUCCUUAUAAUCUUCCACCAUGGUUAUGUAUAAAACCAUCUUCUUUCAUUCUGUCCACGCUUAUUCCGGGAAAAUCAAGUCCCGGAAAUGAUAUUGACGUGUAUUUGUAG